AUGAGCCGGCAGGCGCCCACGGUGCGCUCCGUGCUGGGGCGGAGGGGCUUCAGCUCGGCCUCGGAGAUCUGCGGGCGCAGCUCGGCCGUCGCCGCCGCCUCCUCCCGCUGCGGGGCCGGCGCCUACAGCAGCAGGAGCGUCUGCAACCUCGGGGGCAGCAGGAGGGUCUCCUACGUGAGCGGCCCCUGCGGCGCCGGCGGCUGCUUCGGAGAGCUGGGCCGGGCGGGGCUGUGCGGCCCCCGCGGGUACAGCCUGGUCAGGGGGUACCCCGAGCGCCGGCCCGACGGCAUCCAGGGCAUCUGCAUCGACGAGAGGCUGCUGAAGCCCCUCUGUGUGGGCGUGGACCCGCUGGAGCACGAGAUCCGGUGCCAGGAGAAGGAGCAGAUCAAGAGCCUCAACACGCAGUUCGCCUGCUUCAUCGACAAGGUGCGCUUCCUGGAGCAGCAGAACAAGGUGCUGGAGACCAAGUGGGGGCUGCUGCAGCAGCACUCGCUGCCCAGGAAGGGCAGGAACCUGGAGCUCUACUUCGAGAAUUACAUCUGCGACCUCCGCAAGCGGCUCGACUGCCUGCUCUGCGAGAAGCAGAAGUUGGGCAGCGAGGAGUGCGCCACCAGCCAGCUGGUCGAGGAGUUCAAGUGCAAGUACGAGGAGGAAAUCAACCGGCGCACCACGGUGGAGAACGAGUUCGUGGCGCUCAAAAAGGACGCAGACUGCAUCUUCCUGAACAAGGAGGAGCUGGAGGUGAAGGUGGACCUGCUGAGGAGGCAGCUGGAGCUGUUGAAAUGCGUGUUUGAGGAGGAACGAGCUCAGGUGGAUCGGCAGCUCUGCGACACCUCGGUCAUCGUCAAGAUGGACAACAACCGGGACCUGGACAUGGAGAGCAUCAUCAAGAACGUGGAGUGUUGGUACCAGGAGAUCGCCCAGAAGAGCAAGGAGGAAGUGGAUGCUUUCUACCAAACCAGGUUCCAGGAGCUCCAGGACAAGAGAGGGAAGUACUGUGACGACCUGCAGAGCAACAAGUGCGAGAUCUCAGAGCUGACCAGGAUGAUCCAGAAGCUGCAGUGCGAGCUGGAGAGCGUCAAGAAGCAGGUGUCCUGCCUGCAGACCUCCAUCUGCGACGUGGAGCAGCGCGGGGACUGCGCGCUGAAGGACGCGCGGGAGAAGCACGUGGAGCUGCAGAGCGCCCUGCAGAAGGCCAAGGACGAGCUGGCCUGCAUGCUCAGGGACUACCAGGAGCUGCUCAACGUCAAGCUGGCCCUGGACAUCGAGAUUGCCACCUACAAGACCCUCCUGGAGGGCGAGGAGAGCAGGAUCUGCGUGGGGAACCCUGUGAGCGUCUCCGUGGUGAGCAGCGGUUUCGCCAUCCCGGACGACUGCGGGCCGUGUGGUUACGGCUCCCUGGGCCGGCGCUCGGGCAGGCACAGCUCGCCCGCAGCAGGAGGAGGAGGAGGAGGAGGAGGCGGAGGAGGAGGAGGAGGAGGAGGAGGAUUCAGCUCCCGCAGCGCCGGCAUCCACCCCAAGCGUGUGAUGAGCGCCGGGGCCAAGCCGUGCGUGGUGGCCCCAGAGGUUUUCUGCCAGCCCGGGGGGGUCCCCUGCAAGGCCGGGGGGUUCAGCUCCCGCAGCGGGGGUUACCCCGCCCGCCCCGGGGGUCUCAGCGCCAGGGUGGGGGCGGCCGUGCAGGCCGGGGGGGUGCUCAGCUUCGGCAACCAGGGCUGCGUCAUCAGGCAGCUGGCCGGGCCGCCCGUGGUCGUGUCCAGCAGCCCCGAGGUCGUGGGGUGCAACCCCGGCGUGGUGGGGGGCAACUUCGGCGUGGUCAGAGACCCCUGCGUGGUCCCGUAG